AAGAUGGGGAGAUUGUAGACUGGUUAUGCUAGGCCAGUCACAAAUCGACAGGAAGCAUAAGAGAAUGCAGUAAAGACUGCAAGAGUCGGUACAAGAUUGGGCACAGCGAGACCUAUGACAUAAGGAGGAAGAUACAUAAGAUUGGGCACAGCUUCAUUAUAAUAGAUGGGAGAUUAAUUCAUUAUGGUUGAUAGAUUAGACAUGAAAAAGAUGGCUGCCAAACCUGUAGUAUCACGGGUGUUAUGCGAUUAUUUAAUUUAUGUUGAACAUAAUCCCAGAAAAGUAAAUUAGUUAAUUUAUUCAGGCAUUAUAAUUGGCUGCAGAGGCAACUUAAGCUAGCAAUUAUUCUGAUUGGUGGUGGAAGGAAAGACUAGGAAAGGCAUAUUUUAUGUUAGGACUCUACAGAGAAGCAGAGAAACAAUUCGAAAGUUCUAUAAAAAUGCAAGAGAUGAUAAAAACCUAGUUGCAAUUAGCAAAGUAUUAAGAAAUUCAAACCUAUUAGAAUUUAUCUAAGAUUGGAUUAACCAACCACAGCAAUAGAACUGUAUAAAAGGAACAGCGAGCGAUAUCCUCAUGAGAUUUCAUAUUUGAUAGGUAUAGCUAGAGUUUAUGAUUAAUUAAAUUAACCUGAAAAAGCCUUGCCCUAUUAUAAAAAUACUUUAAUUAAGGAUAAUUGCAAUAUUGAAGCUGUGGCUAGUUUGGGAGCAUAGCAUUUUUAUCAAGACUAGCCUGAAACUGCCUUACAAUUUUAUAAGCGAUUAGUAAAAAUCAAAUUUUAUUGUAGUUAUAAUUGGGCUUGUAUACUGCAGAAAUUUGGAACAAUAUAGGAUUAUGCUGUUUUUAUAGUGGAUAAUAUGAUUUAUUCUAUUCAUGUUUCGAAAGAGCCUUAAGUGUGGCGGAUGAAUAACAGAGAGCAGAAAUAUGGUAUAACUUAUCGCAUGUAAUAAAUGCAUUUAGCUUAGAUAUUUAUUAAUCUAGGAGAUAGUGGCACUGCUUAUUAAUGUCUGAAAAUAUCUCUAUGUUAUGAUCCUCAUCAUGGAGAAGCCUACAACAACUUAGCUGUAUGUGAUUAGAAAAUAUUUAGGUGGUUCAAUCCAAAAGGAAGGAAUUUGACAAAGCCAAGCUGAACUUUUAGAAAGCCAUAGAAAGUAACGAGUUCAUUUAUGAGCCUAUCUAUAAUUUAAGUGUAUUGCACUUUAACCAACAAGAUUAUUCUCAAUGUUAUUCAUUGGUUUAAAAAACACUUAAGUUAUUUCCUGAUCAUUCUGAUUCAUUAGAGUUAAAUGAAAAAGUAUUACAAGUAUUAUAAUAAAUAUGA